UUGGCCGUUCUCGUGGCAGCGGCUGGUCAACCCUCAAUACUCAACACUCAACAUUUCAGUCUCCCUGCCUCGCUACCUGAGUGUGUCCGCGCCGCCCUCACUCGUGCCGCGUGUGCCACCCACUCGCCACCACCCCACUACGUUUCCCACCUCACUCAUCUCGUGCAUAUACAGAAUAGUUGAAUCAUGAUGAACCGAGCCAGAAAUUUUGGUAACUUGCACGGUCUGCCGGGGCUGCCUCACUCCAGACCGCCCCUAGGGAACGCCAGAAGAGCCCCGCCCCAGCAACAGAGGGUCCCGCCGCCCCCACGCCCCGUCCCAGGCCCCCAGGGAGACCCCAUGGCAGGGCGAAGGAUUGACAUGUUGGAGCAGCGUCUUAAUGCCACGGAGCAGAGUAACCGUACCUUGCUGGACGAGCUGAUGCGGGUACAACAAGACCUCAAGAUGAACGUGAAGCGCAACGAACUAACACUAGGCGAGGAGAAGGACGUGAUCGCAAGGAUGGACUCCACGGUUCGCCAGACGCAGGGCAAGACUUUUGAGUUCGAGGACAGGAUACGCAGGCUGGAGGACGGCAUGAAGGACACCAGGAACGCCCUCCAGCAGAUGAAUUCCCACAUCAAGAGCAUCGAGAAGGCGGUCUCGUCAGCCCAGCAAGAUCAGAUGGAAAGGAGAAGCAGCAGUGCGCAAAAGCUGCAGGAAUACAGGCACGAGAUCAUGAGGGUGACGCAGAGCAAGGAGCAGCUGGAGCGUCUGUGCUUCUCUCUCAGGGAUGAACUGCGCGAAACAACCUCAAAAGUGGACAAUGUGGCGCAGGAGAUGAGCUCGCUGGAAGGAAACGUGAGGAUGCAAGCCAGACUGAUUGAGGACAGCAACAAGAGGAUGAUGAACACGAAGGUGCACACCCCGGCCCACAUCGCUCCCAUCCACUUCUCUCCGCCAACCCAGGACGACGGGAAGAUGUCUGAAACUGUGCGGCUGGCGUUGGAAGGAAAACUGAUCCAGAUGAACGCUACCAUUCAAGACCUGACCCAGCGCCUCAACCAGGAAGCCAAGAAGAGGGACAGAGUGGAGACGGAAGUAAACAUGAGGAUGAACGAGCUGCUAGAGGACUACGGCAGCAGCAAGGUGGAGAAGGACAAGGAGAUGCGAGAGUUUGACGAGAAGAUGAAGGAGCUGAGCGCGGGGUUCAGUGCCAGCGAGAAACAGCGGAUUCUGAUGGAGGUGUCAUCGGUGGCCAAGGACUUGUCGAGGAAGAUUGAGGAGAAGGAGGCAAAAUUGAGGGACGACACGGUAAACAAACUGACGGUGAUCGAGGGCACGCUGACGAAGGAGAACAAAAGACGUGCGCAGGAGGAGAAGGUGCUGCAGGAGAAAGUGGAGACGAGGAUACGAGAAGUGAAGCUAGACGUGGAACAUAAUGUGGACGCCAUGAAGAAGCACAUGGAGCAACACGAGGAGAAAAUGAACCAGCGUGUGGUGGAGCUGGGUCGGGGAAUGUCACAGCUGGAGGCCAAGAUGCAAGACCACGUCAUGGAGCAGGAGAAGGUUCUUGCCGCUGAGAUCUCCGACAGGCAGAACGAAAUUAAGGUGCUGGAUGGAAAGGUGAGUGAUGUGGACGACAGGGCCAAGAUGGGCAUCCUGGAGCUGCAGACGGCGGUGGGGACUGUCGAUAAGAAGGCCAGCAAGACGAAGAGCGCCCCGCAGGUACAGCCCAACAACUAUGACGAGAUUUACCGCCACCAGAACGAGAAGACCGAGGGGAUACGGGAGCAGGUAGCGAAGGACGUGGCGCAGCUGGACCACCGACUCACCAGCGUGGAGACCAAGAUAAAGCAGCACAGUGACGACCUGGACAAUAAGCUGAAGUCAUCCAAGGCGGAGGACCACGAGGCGAACACAAUCAUGGGAGACAAGAUGCAGCAGAAGAUUGACUCAGUUGUGUUCAGCCAGGAGCGACUCAAGAAGCAGGUGGACAAACUACAGACGGAGGUGCAGGAUACGCCGAAGAACAUCGCCAACCUGCAGGAGGAGGUGAGGGAGGUGGACACGAAGCUCAGCAAGAAGGUGGACCAGGAGAGGAAAGAGAGAAUGGACGACUACAAGGAUUUACGAGGCGAAGUGGACCGCAUUGUUGGAAAGAACGAGAAAAACGCUUCCACUGUGCCCAGCCUGGCUCAGCUCAACCAAGACGUGGAUGAGACGCAAACAGGAAUGAAGAAACUGGCUGAGGCGGUGCACGUGGUGAAAUCUUCUCUGUCGGAACGGGUGCGGGACGAGCGGAAGCUGAGGGAGCAGGAGGACAGCAUUCUGAGGCGCGACGUGGAGAGACUCAGCACCAAAUACAACGACAUGAGGGACAAGAUAAGGACACUGACUGCCGUGGGAGCCUCCUAGAGAGAGAGAGAGAGAGAGAGAGAGAGAGAGAUUCGUAAUUAA